CGUGACAAUAGUAAAUAAAUACCGCGUGUAUUUGUAUUGCCAACAUAGUUGAACUUUUAAUAAUAAAAUAUUUUUGGGAAAAUAGUUUAACAAUUAACUGUGAUGGCUUCCAAAUCUGCUUCUUGGCAUUCGCUUGAUCCGCCAUUGAACAAGAUUAUCCUAUCUGUCAUCGAAAAUGAAUUCAAAUUCGAGAAAAUGACUCCGGUUCAGAAAGCAUCGAUUCCGUUGUUAAUGUCGUAUAAAGAUGUAGCUGCCGAAGCAGUAACUGGAUCCGGCAAGACAUUAGCAUUUGUGGUUCCAAUAUUGGAAUUGUUACUACGACGAUCAAAUCAAGAAAAGUGGAAAUCAAAUGAAGUUGGAGCGAUCAUAAUUUCACCCACACGUGAAUUAGCUGCUCAAACAAAUGUUGUAUUAAAAUCAUUUGCAAAAGCGCUCAACUUUUCGCAUCGUUUAUUAAUCGGUGGUAGUGAUGGAGCCAGUGCCGAACAAGAUACAAAAGCAUUAAAAGCGAAUGGUGCACAAAUAAUAAUUGCAACACCCGGUCGACUACUCGAGCUAUUUGAACGAAAAUGUAACUUAAAUUUAUGCGGAAGAUGCAAAAGCUUAGAAAUCUUAGUUCUCGAUGAAGCCGACAGUUUGCUGCAAUACUCAACAAAAAUCAAUACAAUUCUAAAAUAUUUGCCAACGCAAAGGCGAACCGCUCUAUUCUCGGCAACACAGAAAAAAGAAAUCCAGGAUUUAAUUCGUGCUGGUCUACGGAAUCCGGUAUUGGUUCGAAUUCGAGAGAAGGCCACCACAAGUACACCAGUUCGAUUGCAAAAUUACUAUAUGGUCGUUGAGCCGGAAUUAAAAUUGGCCAGUUUAUUAGAUUUUAUCGAGAGAAAACAUAUUGAGAAAGCGUUAAUAUUUUUUCCAACAUGCGCUUGUGUCGAAUAUUGGAAUGAAGUGUUGCCGGCUUUGUUGCCAAAAACAAAGUGUUUGGCUUUACAUGGAAAAAUGAAAGGUGGCCGAUUUAAGGUGCUUGAACAAUUUAAGAAAGAAACAAAUGCCAUUUUAUUAUGUACCGAUGUGUUGGCCCGAGGUGUCGAUAUUCCGGAAAUGAAUUGGGUAUUACAAUGGGAACCACCAUCGAAUGCGGCCGCAUUUGUACAUCGAGUCGGUCGAACGGCACGUCAAGGGCAACAUGGAAAUGCGCUUAUAUUAAUUCAAUCAUGUGAAGAUGCUUAUGUUGACUUUUUAAGUCGAAAUCAAAAUGUGUCGUUAACAAAAGUCACGGAUAUUGCACCACAUGAACAUCUCAUUGAAAUGGCAGAGAAAUGCCGUGACACCAUUCAUCGCAUCCAAUUAGAAAAUCGUUCAAUUUAUGAUAAAUCAAAUCGUGCCUUUGUAUCACAUAUACAAGCCUACUCGAAGCACGAAUGCAAUUUUCUAUUGCGUGUGAAUGAUUUGAGUUUAGGAAAAAUUGCAUCUUCGUAUGGUCUAUUAAAAAUGCCGAUAAUGCCUGAGCUCAAACAAAAGUCCAAAGAUGGGAAAGUUGUAGCUUGUGAUUUUAUUGCGCCAAAAAUGCAGUUUGACAUCAAUCAAAUUCGGUAUAAAAAUAAGCAGCAAGAAGAAGCAAGACAAAAGAAAUUGAGUAUUUUGCUUGAAACUGGCAAAUGGCCCAAAGGUAAAAAUGAGAAAAUAUUUAAAAAAUCAACCGAAGCCUGGUCGCAAUCAAAACAACGUAAAGCCGAACAAAAGGCCAAUAAAAAGACACGAAAAGAGAAAAAGGUGUUGAAAUUGAGUUCGGGAACGGCUGUGAAACGGAAGCGUGGUGGAUUUACUGAAGACGAUAUCGCCGAAUUGGCCAACGACAUUAAAAUGUUUAAGAAGCUAAAGAAAAAUAAAAUUACUGAUCAAGACUUUGACCAACAAAUGGGCAUUGAAAGUUAGAAAUACAUAGUAUAUCCAUUGUAAAUUAAAAAUAAAUAAUUACCAAUUGAAUAA